UUUCCUCUCUAAAAACUCGUAACUUACUACUCUUUCUGUAUUUAUUCUCGUUUCCACUCUGUAUCUCCCCAUUCUCUCAUUUUUUCCUCUGUGUUUCCUUUUUCCAUCAGAGCAGAACCAUGGACGCUACUAAAGCCCAAUCUUCUUCCACUUCUGUCUCAGGAAAUACUUCGUCGAAGUCGAAACUUCGAUAUCCUCUACGAUCUGCAAGCAAAUCUAAGGAUGAAAAGCCAGCCAUGGCGGAAAUAUCGAGCGCAUCUGUUCCCAAGAGAGGGAGACCUGCAUCCAAUGUGAGUAAAAGUGUGAGUGUUCUUGAUCUUUCUGGGAAGGAAAAAUCUGCCAAACCAGCUAGAAGGCUCUCCAUUCCUGCUAAGUCUGCUAUCAGUCCUCUUCCAAGACCAGCAGGAACCAUAACGCCAAUAUAUGAGAGCAGGGCAAAGAGAUUGGGUAAUAGCAAAGGGAAAAGUGAAACACCAGUUUCUGAAGUUUCCAAAUCUUUGAACCGAAAGAAGUUCAGUGUUUUAUCCUCAGCUUCAUAUUGGUUAUCACAGAUUAAGCUAUCUGAAUCGGCUGCUAAGCAUUCCAUUUCACUUGGCUUCUUCAAGCUUGCUUUAGAGGCUGGGUGCGAGCCUCUGCAACGUAUGCGAGAUGAGUUGAAAUCCUAUAAGUGUCGACACAACCUUGGUGAACUUGGAGAAUUUGUGAAAGAGCUACUUGGAAGCUAUGAUAUCCGGGAAGAUUUUGAGCAGUUACAGGUAUCAGGGACCUGUUCUCAGGUGCCCGAAGAGGGGACUCGGUCCUCUGAUGAAGAUGCACACAGCUCUGUUUCUAGUACAGGAGCUCGGAAACCAAGACCCAAGUCCUUGAACCCCAGAAAUGUUCAAGCUGCCAAAGAUGAAGAAGCAAUAAAGGACAGUACUUUGAAGAGAUCUCAUGCUAGCAAGAACAGGGCAUCAUUGAACCGAAAUUCUGCAAAUUUAAGUUCUGUUACCAACAUAGAUUCUGGCAAUGCACAGAAGAAGAAAUCCCAGAGGCCAAAUAGGCAAGCAUUUACCAAAAAGGAGAAAAUAAAAAACCAAGCAAAGCAGGGAGCUCCUGAAAAAGAUGUAGCUGAUCCAUUGCCUACUGAGGGGACACUGCAAGAAGAUAAAGAAAACAUGGAGGCCCAACAGAUGGAAGAAAUCAACUUGACCGAAGAAGUACAUUAAAGGAUCAUGCGCAAGAAAAAGAAAAA